AUGGGGCUGGGAGUGGCACGGGGGGCCAUGCUGGGCCCCGACGCCCUCCCGCUGUGCCCGGAGGCGCUGCGGGACUACCUCAGGGCCUCGCACUUCUCAAUUGGGCCCGACCCGCGUCUGCACCACGAGGCCAGACGCUCCAAGUCGCACGUGGACUUCCCAGCCUAUCCAGCCACCGCGGCGGUGCAGCCGAGCCGGCCGCCGUCGCCCUCGCAGCUCUUCCCCCAUGACCGGCGCUGGGAGGCCGACGGGCUGGUGCCCGAGAUGCGCCGCGCGUUCGCGUCCACCUGCGCGCCGCCGCCGGAGACGCGGGAGCAGCGGCGGGAGCGCGCGCGCGUCCUGCAGGCCAGCCACCUGCGCGUGCACGCGGACGCGCGCGCCGGCGUCAGCCAGUCCCUGGAGCGCGCUGCCUAUGGCUGGCCAGACAUGCCGCCGCAUGCAGCCCGCGAGCAGAUCCGAGGCGCGCGCCUCAUCUUCGACCGGGACUCCGUGCCAGCCGGCGACAAGGACAAGCUGGGCAUCCCGCCCACCACGCACCAGGCACACUUCCCGCCCUACGCCAAGAGCCCACCGCCCCGCGCGCCCUCCUACCACCUGGGGGGUCCCAACACUCUCAAGUGGAACUACACGGGUCCCAUAGAGACCUCCUACUUAAGACAGUUCCCGGACCUUCCAGGCCCACCUGCUCUCAUGUGUAAGAGGGCCUCCUCCUCCGUGCAGCUGGGAGACUGCAGUAUUGGCUAUGCCCACAUGCGUUCAGACCUGAAGCAGAUGUACACCCCUCAGGAGCUCUCCCCAGACAGGUAUGACAAAGCCCAGGCUAGAGCCCAGCUCCACCAAGGAAACAUUAAUCCUGGAGAUGGCCACUUUUAUGACAGGACAACUAUGAACGAUCAUUUCUACCCCUGGGAGCCAGAGCCUUUUAUUUCCUCCCAUAAUAUGACUCCGGAGUCCCACAUUUUGAAAGGAAAUUGGCGUCCUGGACCGGGCAGCCUCGAUACCUCCAUGCAGUAUUUCUUCGGCCAGCCCCCGCCUGCGACCCAGCCACCCAGCCGCCACUUGUCUCAUGAGAAACAGAAGGAUCACGUGAUCCUAGGAGAGGAGAAGCAGCUCGGAGAGUUCUUCCAUACCACCAUGGGCUCAACUUUCCGCCCCUCAGAUAUGCGGCCAACAGAGAAAGCCCCCAGCCUUCAUUUGUUGCCCAGCAACUUGCCACAGGGCACAGGCGAAACACAAUUUUUAACCGAGAGCCAGAGAAUGUUGAAGCCGCACCGAGCAGCCCCAGCCACCAUAAUGCCAGAGAUACUAUGGCGGUGCAAAUACAGCCACAUGGAGCCCCCGCUGGGUGAUCAGCGCUUCUUGUCAACCAGCUACAAAGAUGAGUUUCCUUUCAAGAAUGUGAGGCCUCUGGUGCUGAAACCGAGUACUAUAAAUGAGAGUCAUUUGCUUCUAGGUUCCCCUCAAUGGUGGGGCUGUUGGGGCAGGAAAGUAGACCCUCGAGCCCCCCAAAUCCCUAUGAACCCAUGUCUCAGCCAGCAAUAA